CAUCCUUAUAUAUAGGGACUCAAAUACUCGUGGCAGUUGUGUGACACAGAAAUUAAACUAGUCACAGUUUCUUCUUUUCUUAGUUUCCCUUCCCUUUCUUCAAACAAGGGACAACAAAUCUGUGAGAGAGAAAGAGAAAUUCAAAAUCAUGUCUCACAGUCCUUUAAGUUUCGCCUUUGGAAUUCUAGGUAACAUUGCCUCCUUCGUGUGCUUCCUGGCACCACUACCAACAUUUUAUAGAGUUUGUAAGAAGAAAUCAACAGAAGGGUUCCAAUCGGUUCCAUAUGUGGCUGCACUCUUCAGUGCAAUGCUUUGGAUCUUCUAUGCCUAUGUGAAGACGGGAGAAACGCUUCUUAUCACCAUCAAUGCAUUCGGUUGCGUGAUAGAGACAAUUUACCUUGCCAUAUUUAUCACUUACUGUCCCAAGAAAGCUAGGAUAUCGACAUUGAGGAUGAUUGUUUUGUUAAAUUUUGGGGGAUUUUGCACUAUUGUAAUCCUAACCCACCUUUUAGCAAAAGGAACUGCGGGUCGUGUCAAGUUUCUAGGAUGGAUUUGCGUAGUCUUUGCUACUAGUGUUUUUGCAGCACCUUUAAGCAUUAUUAGGGUGGUCAUUCGCACUAAAAGCGUUGAGUUCCUUCCUUUUCCUCUUUCACUCCUUCUCCUGAUAAGCGCGAUUAUGUGGCUGUUGUAUGGUAUUUCUCUGAAAGAUAUCUAUGUCACGCUCCCGAACGUUGUGGGGUUAACAUUUGGAGUCAUUCAGAUUGGACUCUAUGCAAUGUACAGAAACAACAAGCCCUCGAAGGAUCAGAAGCUACCAGAACACAAAGGAGAAAUCCAGAAUGACGAAAACGUUGCUCCAACAGUGACGGGAGAAAAACAAGAACAAGAAGUGAACUCUCAAGGUGAAGGAGAUAUAGAGAUUGGGGAGAAGAAAAAGGAAGAGAAGCUAGAUGAGGAAAAUGAGAAAAAGCAUGAUGAUCAAACGGAACUCAACAAAAACACUAAUGACAACGACAAUAACAACGUAAAAAGAGAGAAGGAGAAUUGCGAAGUUUGAUGAAAAAGCAACCAGUUGUGCCUCAAUCUCUAUCUCUUUCUAUUUUACGUGUAAAAUUGGUAAAACGUUCGCAAGGGGCAGAGACAGUGUAGAUAUCGAUGCCUAUUUCUAUCUCUCUACAGUUGUUUAACUUGUAUGCUUUUGUUCACUAUUUAUGUCAUUUCUGUUUUCUUUACUCAAGCUAAUUAAUUGUGCCCCCAAAUAUAGGGAAGUUCAUAGAAAGAGUCCUUUACUAUAUGGUGAUAUAUUAUUAUUAUUAUAUAACCUAUAUAGCUGUAAAAGAUAAUUAUUCCCAGCACUUUUUAUAUUCA